UGUCGGCGCGCUUGGCGUGCGGGAUCCGGGUGGCUGCGGGCGGCCUGGGCUGCCCGGCCGACGCCUGCUGCGAGAUGGCGAUCUUGGGCGCGGAGGGCUGAGGAGGCGCCGCCGCGGUGGCCGCGGGCCCCGGGAGCCGCAGCUUCGCGCGGGGUUGUCUCCUCACCAGACUAUGAGCUCCUUGACAGAAGAAAUCGUAUCUUACUCAUCUUUGUAUCCUCAGUGUCUGGCACAAUUCUUGAUACACAAGUCAAGGUCAGUUUUGGGACAUGGCCACUGCUUCACCAAGGUCUGAUACUAGUGAUAACCACAGUGGAAGGUUACAGUUAAAGGUAACUGUUUCUAGUGCCAAACUAAAAAGAAAAAAAAACUGGUUUGGAACAGCAAUAUAUACAGAAGUCAUCGUAGAUGGAGAAAUUAAGAAAACAGCAAAAUCCAGUAGUUCUUCUAAUCCAAAAUGGGAUGAGCAACUGAUUGUAAAUGUGACCCCACAGACCACCUUGGAGUUUCGAAUUUGGAGUCACCACACUUUAAAAGCAGAUGCUCUGUUAGGAAGAGCAACAGUGGACUUGAAACAAGUGCUGUUAACACACAACAGGAAAUUAGAAAAAGUGAAAGAAAUAUUAAAACUUUCUUUGGAAAACAAGAAUGGCAUAGUGCAAACUGGUGAAUUGACAGUUGUGCUUGACGGAUUAGUGAUUGAGCAAGAAAGUCUAACAAACCACACCUCUUCUCCAACCAGAGAAAUCCAGCAGAAUGGUGAUGCCUUACAUGAGGAUGGAGACUCCUCGACAAGGACAGCUGCCGGGUUGGCUGUUGAAGGUACUAUUGGAAUAGAUAAUCAUGUACCAACAAAUACUGUUGUUUCCAACUCAUGCUGUUCACAUGUAGUUAAUGGAGAAAACACACCUUCAUCCCCGUCUCAGGUUGCUGCCAGACCCAAAAAUACUCCAUCUCCAAAACCACUCACAUCUGAGCCCAGCAGUGAUACAGUUAAUGGAGAAUCAUCUUCAUCUGUCUUAGCUGAUAAUACUUCCACCAUGGGCACUCCACUACCAUCUGAAGAAACCACCUCGACUUCCCAUUGCACUAGCACCACCAUUCAGGAGCCUUCUGCCCAAGGACCCCCGGCAUCCUCAGAACACAGUGAAUGUAUUCCCUCUACCAGUGCCGAAAUGGGACCAGAAGCUCAGAGCCUCAUAGACCCUGAUUCUGAUUCCAGAAACGAUUCUGUUUUUGACAAAUUAAGGCAGCCAGAAGGGUUUGCGGAACCUCUGAGGCCACGGUCUAGAAAUGCGAAUAAUGAAUCUUUGCCAUCAGGGUGGGAACAGAGAAAAGAUCCUCAUGGUAGAACCUAUUAUGUGGAUCAUAAUACUAGAACUACCACAUGGGAGAGACCACAGCCUUUGCCUCCAGGUUGGGAAAGAAGAGUUGAUGAUCGUGGAAGAGUUUAUUAUGUAGAUCAUAACACCAGAACAACAACCUGGCAGCGGCCUACCAUGGAAUCUGUUCGAAAUUUUGAACAGUGGCAAUCUCAGCGGAAUCAAUUGCAGGGAGCUAUGCAACAAUUCAACCAACGAUACCUCUAUUCGGCUUCAAUGUUAGCUGCAGAAAAUGAUCCAUAUGGACCUUUACCACCAGGCUGGGAAAAAAGAGUGGAUUCAACAGACAGAGUUUACUUUGUGAAUCAUAAUACAAAAACAACCCAAUGGGAAGACCCAAGAACUCAAGGCUUACCAAAUGAAGAACCCCUGCCAGAAGGCUGGGAGAUCAGGUAUACUCGAGAAGGUGUUAGGUACUUUGUGGAUCAUAACACAAGAACAACAACAUUCAAAGAUCCUCGCAAUGGGAAGUCAUCUGUAGCUAAAGGUGGUCCACAGAUUGCAUAUGAACGCAGCUUUAGGUGGAAGCUUGCUCAUUUCCGUUACUUAUGCCAGUCUAAUGCACUACCUAGUCACGUAAAGAUCAAUGUGUCCCGUCAGACUUUAUUUGAAGAUUCCUUCCAACAGAUUAUGGCAUUGAAACCGUAUGACUUAAGGAGGCGAUUAUAUGUAAUAUUUAGAGGAGAAGAAGGCCUUGAUUAUGGUGGUCUUGCAAGAGAAUGGUUUUUCUUGCUUUCCCAUGAAGUUUUGAACCCAAUGUAUUGCUUAUUUGAGUAUGCAGGCAAGAAUAACUAUUGUUUACAGAUAAAUCCAGCAUCAACCAUAAAUCCUGAUCAUCUUUCAUACUUCUGUUUUAUUGGUCGCUUUAUUGCAAUGGCACUAUUCCAUGGGAAGUUUAUUGAUACUGGUUUCUCUUUACCAUUCUACAAACGUAUGCUAAGUAAAAAACUCACUAUAAAGGAUUUGGAAUCUAUUGAUACUGAAUUUUAUAACUCCCUUAUCUGGAUAAGAGACAACAAUAUUGAAGAAUGUGGCUUAGAAAUGUAUUUUUCCGUCGACAUGGAGAUUCUGGGAAAAGUUACUUCACAUGACCUGAAGUUGGGAGGUUCCAAUAUCCUGGUGACUGAAGAAAACAAAGAUGAAUAUAUUGGUUUAAUGACAGAAUGGCGUUUUUCUAGAGGAGUUCAAGAACAGACCAAAGCUUUCCUUGAUGGGUUUAAUGAAGUUGUUCCCCUUCAGUGGCUACAAUACUUUGAUGAGAAAGAAUUGGAGGUUAUGCUGUGUGGCAUGCAAGAGGUUGACUUGGCAGACUGGCAGAGAAACACUGUGUACCGACAUUAUACAAGAAACAGCAAGCAAAUUAUUUGGUUUUGGCAGUUUGUGAAGGAAACUGAUAAUGAAGUGAGAAUGCGCCUCCUGCAGUUUGUCACUGGAACCUGCCGGUUACCUCUAGGAGGAUUUGCUGAGCUCAUGGGAAGUAAUGGGCCUCAAAAGUUUUGUAUUGAAAAAGUUGGCAAAGACACCUGGUUACCAAGGAGUCAUACAUGUUUUAAUCGCUUGGAUCUACCACCAUAUAAGAGUUAUGAACAACUAAAGGAAAAACUUCUUUUUGCAAUAGAAGAGACAGAGGGAUUUGGACAAGAAUGAAUGUGGCUUCUUGUCUUGGAGGAGCUCUUGCAUUAAAUACCCCAGCUGAGAAAAAUUGCACAGAUAGUGUAUAUAAGCUGUUCAUUCUGUACAGUUAAUUUUCUGGAUCUUUCGAAGUAUGUUUUCCAUUCUUCCACAGAAAUAUGCAAAACAUUUCAUCAUUUUCUACUUUAUUUAUUGUUCCCUUGAAAUGACUGACCAGGAAAAAGAUCAUCCUUAAAUUUUGAAGCAAGCAAGAGAAUUUAUUAAGAAAUAUAUAUCUAUAUAAGCAUAUGACAGUGGCUCUAGUUUUAUAGAGUGCCGGGUGUAUUAAACAUGGCAACUGUUCUUUCAUAAAGCUCUGAAUUUGCUUUGCUAUGUUUCUGUUAUCCAGGGGAAAAGUGCAAAUGUUCCAUGUUCUUCUUCCAAGGUGAUAUCUGAUUGUGUUUACUUGCAUGACUGUUCAGGAAGGUAUUUAGGACUAGGCCAACUCUUACUUUAAGUGUAUUUUAAAAUGCUGCUGGCUUUUUUGAAGACUAUACUUCAAUGUACUGAGUUCUAAAUGAACAGAUAAAAAAAAUCCAUCAUUAUUAUAUCAGUAAACACAGAAGUCAUGUAAUAGAUUCAAUAGUGUCUAAGAGCAGCUAGAAUUGAUUUGCCAAGCAGCAGAGGAGGUCCAUUUACAUGUAACUUUAGGAUGCUGGGUAUUUGUGGAAUUUCAGAGAAUCAGGCAUUUCUGUACUUAACUUGUAAUGUGCUCAAAUUUAAUUAAUAAUAAAUUGAUAGUUAUUACUUAGGAAUAUAUAAAAGGUACUGAACUUUGAUGCUUUUGUGCUCAAGGUUUAGUUUAAAGAAAUUAGAGAUAUAAUUAAAUGGAUCAAAAAGUUGCGUGAGUAUUUAAACACUCAUACUAAGAACUAUUACUGUUUGAAUAUCCCCUUUUAAAAUUCAUAAAAAUUGUUUCUAAAUUUAGUAGGUACUUAAAAAAAUCCUUUGUGCUCCCCAUCCCCAAUUUUAUAUAGUUCAAGUUUUCUCCAAAUAACACUGAUUUUCAUUAUAAGGGCAUUCGUGGUGUAUGAAAAAAAAGUUAAAGUCUAAUGUGAAUUAUAUUGCUACUUUUAGCAACUGGGCUUCCUGAUUAAUAUAAAAAUUUCCCAUUUUUAUCCUUUCACUAUGCACUGCAAAGUUCAUUAACUUAAAAUUUUGUAACUAUGAAAUUCACUUAGAAUUACAACUUCUACUCACUAGUUUAGUUUUGCCAAGAUUUUAUUUUUCUACAUAUUUAGAUUAUGUUCUUCAGUUUUAUUCAAAAUUCAAAAAGAAAAAAAAUAAACGCAGUAAUUCACUUUGUUGAAUUUACUACAUAAAAUCUGGUUAUUUUCAAGCUUAAAGAAUUUUUUUAAUUCUAAUAUAUGGCAAGUUAUAUAGUAGAGGAUGACCAGUCUUCAAAAGUACUGCAUAAAUUAUUCUGUAAAAUAAUAAACUUGCUAUGACUGAAAGUAUUGGCUUUCUUUCAGUGGAGGUAUUUGAGACUAUUCAUUUUGCAGAUGUGGUUCAAGAUGGUGUUCAGGGAACUGGUCCUUUUUGUUAAGUUACCCUCACACUGGUAACGACCCACAAGACUAAGCCAGUUUCCUGGUUUGCAAGACCUUAUCAGGCUCUUUUAUCUUUCACAUUCAGUUUUAUUGUUAAGACAUACAGAUUUAUCUUUUCGUAGUGAACAUGAUUAGAGAUGCGGUUCACCUCCUACCUUCCCUCCUUCCCAUCCUGCUCUGAAUUGGAUCCACUACACAGUCAUGAGAAGAUGAAAGAUGAAAGAGACUCAAAGACAGAUUAAUAAUACUUUGUAAUAGUGACAGUUCCUAACAUCACUAGUAAAUUGAUCUAGGGAAUGGGUCAUAGGCUUAAAGCAAGUUUACCAGUCAACCCAGCCAUCUGUCUUUAGAGAAAGAAAUUUUGUUUUGUCUUUUGUCUUUAUUUUUCUGUACUUCCUAGGCAAUUGGGAAUAAAAAUGUAACUGUUUCAUCCAGCUGA